AGAGCUUGUCAUAAAAUCACAGAGGAGUCAUAUAUGGCGGGAGAGGGAGAGGUGAAGCUAUUGGGGACACGUUCCAGUCCAUUUGUUCACAGGGUGAAAUGGGUUCUGAAGCUGAAGGGAAUCGAUUACGAAGAGAUAGAACAAGACCUGAUCAAAAAGAGCCCUCUUCUUCUCAACUCCAAUCCUGUAUACAAGAAAGUACCUGUCCUGCUUCACUUCCACAAACCAAUCUCAGAGUCACUGCUCAUCAUCGAGUAUAUUGAUGAGACUUGGAACCAUAACCCUUUAUUGCCUAACGACACUUAUCAAAGAGCCAUGGCUAGAUUCUGGGCUAAGUUUAUUGAAGAAAAGUUCACUGAAGUGAUGAGGAGAGUACUAUUUCUUGAUGGAGAGCAACAAGAAAAGGAAGUGAUGCAAGCCAGGGAUGCCCUAGAAAUCAUUGAAGGAGAGCUAAAGGGUAAGAAGUUCUUUGGAGGUGACACAAUUGGGUAUUUGGACAUUGUCUUGGGGUGGAUUGCUCCAUGGCUUGAAAUGCUUGAGGAGGUUGCAGGCAUCAAAGUGUUUGACCCUCUGAAGUUCCCUUGUUUGGAUACAUGGAUGGGUUGCUUCUUAGAAUUACCAUUGAUCAAAGAGAGUUUACCACCAAGGGAUAUCUUGGUAGUCUACUUUCAAAAUAUCCGCCAAUUUGUAUUAGCUUUAUCUGCUAAAAAAUGAGAGCUAUAAAUGAAGGGCUAGUUUGUCAUUGCGUUUAA